CUGGUCUUGUCACAUCAAACGAUAAAUGAUUAAUAAUUGUAUUUUUACAAACUGUUAGGAUGAGCUAGUAAGGACCAGCUAGUACGUUUUGUGCUCGACAUCAUGGCGGAGAAGCCACGAAUAAAUAAUUCUCUGAGAAAACGCAAACCAGCAAAAACGGAAUGCGUACAGAAAUGUUCAAACAGUUUAAAAUCUGGUGCAGCUGCAGGGAAACAAGAACAUUCGUCAGGUGAAGAGGUCUCCACUGAUUGUAUACCAAAAGAUAUUGGAAAGGAAGGAGGUGCCAAAAAUGUAUCACACGUUGAUGCCAUGGAGCCAGUUUUGGCUGUUAAAGAAAACCGAGUUCACCAUUUCUGCAUAUUUUUAUUUGCAUUUGGAUCCUUGGCAUUACGAUUGUAUAACAUUGAUAUACCUGCUCAUAUAUGCUGGGAUGAGACCCAUUUUGGGAAAAUGGGAAGCUGGUACAUUAAUCGAACAUUCUUUUUUGAUGUGCAUCCACCUCUGGGAAAGAUGUUGAUUGGACUUGCUGGUGUACUCACUGGGUAUGAUGGAAGUUUUCCAUUUGCUAAACCAGGUGAUGAAUACGGUGAAACGCCGUAUGUCGGCAUGAGGAUUUUUUGUGCUCUGUGUGGUUCAAUGCUUGCUCCAUUGGCUUUUAAAAUUGUCUGGCAGUUAACGGGAUCCAUAGUGGCAUCUAUUAUGUCCUCAACUCUAAUCCUGUUUGAUGUAGGAUGUAUUACAUUGUCCAGACAUAUCCUCUUGGAUCCUAUUCUUCUCUUCUUCAUUAUGUUGUCAACAUAUUCGGUUCUCAUGUUUCUUUCAAUGCGGAAAAGGCCUUUCUCAGUGAAAUGGUGGGGCUGGAUGGUGUUUACAGGAAUCUCCUUGGGUUGUGCUGUCGGAGUCAAGUUUGUUGGUCUGUUUGUGGUGUUUCUUGUUGGUUUUACUACAGUGUUUGAUCUUUGGAAUCUUCUGGGAGACAGAGGUCUCACAAUGUUUGAUAUUAUGAAACAUUUUAUGGCUAGAGCUGUUUGCUUGAUACUAGUGCCCAUUGUGUGCUACAUGCUUUUCUUUGCUGUUCACUUCAGAGUUCUCAAGAACAGUGGUAAUGGUGAUGGAUUUUACAGCUCUGCAUUCCAAUCUCAACUUGUAGGAAACAAAUUAUAUAAUGUUAGCAUGCCAGAAAAUAUUGCGUUUGGCAGUACUAUUAGUCUGAAGCAGCGGAGAACAGGGGGAGCUUACCUCCACUCCCACUGGCAUCUCUACCCUGAGGAACACCCUCCAAAACAACAACAGAUAACAACGUACAGUCACAAGGAUCACAACAACCUGUGGAAGAUCAAACCAGCCGAUCAGGAUGCAAGCACAUCUGACAAGCAGGUCCAGCUGGUGAAGAGUGGAGAUCUGGUCAGGCUGGAACAUAUCGUAACAAAGAGGAAUCUACACAGCCACAGAGAACCUGCUCCCUUGUCCAAAAAACAUUUCCAAGUUUCGGGAUAUGGCCAGAAUGGCACAGGGGACACCAAUGAUAUUUGGCUGGUGGAGAUUAUUAGUGCCAGUCCAGGUACUCCUAUUCAGACAGUGCGGUCGAAGCUGAAAUUAACUCACUACUAUGUCCGAUGUGUUUUGUUCUCUCAUGAUAAAAAGCUGCCAAAAUGGGGUUGGGAACAACUGGAGGCAACAUGUAAUCCCAAUACAAGAGAUAAGAAUGCCAUGUGGAGCGUAGAGGAAGUCAUUGAUCAUAGAUUGCCAAAUGUCAGUUUUGAAGUCUACUCGCCGAGUUUUCUUGAGAAGUUAAUUGAGAGCCAUGCUGUUAUGACCCAGGGAAACAGUGGUCUCAAACCUAAGGAAGGUGAAAUUACUUCUCGCCCAUGGCAGUGGCCAAUUGAUUACAGGGGUCAGAUAUUUUCUGGCAAAGACCAUCGUAUUUACCUGCUCGGAAAUCCAGUCAUAUUCUGGUUGCUGUUGGUUACCAAGGGACUUUUUCUUGUCUGCUUUGCUGUGCAUUCUUUCCUGAGAAAACGUCAAGUGGCUGUGCCAAAACCUCUUUUAUGUUAUAACCAACGAAUGUUCCAUGCUUGCUGGUUUUUGAUGCUUGGGUGGGCCCUGCAUUAUCUCCCCUUUUGGACAAUGUCACGGGUGUUGUACUUCCACCAUUAUUUUCCUGCAUUCCUCUACAGCGCUAUGUUAGGAGGUAUAAUGCUUGACUAUCUCAUCACAAGACUGUGUUUGGUAUUACCUGAAUCCAUUGCAAUCAAAGUGUUCCCCUGGUGUUUGGGAAUCAUUGUUUUGGGAGUAACAUACAGCUUUUAUCUGUUUCAUCCUCUGACAUUUGGCAUGUCUGGACCAAUGGCCAAUGAUGAGACGAGUAUGAUGCAUGGACUCAAAUGGAUGGAAUCAUGGGAUAUAUAAUUUAAUCUCUCUCAUUUUAUUUGUUGUUAUAACUACUAGACUAGUAUACAUUAUAGUUUUACAGUCUGUUAUGCAAUUUUAAAAAUGGACAGCAAAAUAAAUUAACAUUAUGGUACUACUACUUACUAUGAACACUUAACUACGGGUUCACUAGUCAUUAUGUUUUAAAUUACGUAUCAGUGUGUUUAAUUCCGGUAUGUGUUUUCUUAUUACUUUUUUAGUUAACUUAAAGCAAUACACAUGUAUAUGAAGUCAUUUCUACUAUGUGAAGAAUUCUCUUUCUUUGACAAUUCUGUACCAUUUGAGGUGCAAAAACUUCAUAAAACCGUCAGUAUUUUUUCAGUAAAGCUGUAUACUUAAAACUGCAGUCUAGUCAUAAAUGGUGUCAUAUAUUUGAUAGUUAAAGCUAAGAAUUCUAGUCAGACGUUGAUUCUUUACAGUUGCUUAAUACAAAGAUGUCUACACACUUUCUAUUACAUUAUUAAAAAUAAAGUAAUUUCAUACUUUACUCCAUACUUCUCUUGAUAUAAAUCGUUUUUGUAAUGUGAUUGAAGAUUUAAAAUGAAAAAUAAAAAUUUACUUCACAUGGAAAUUGAAGGAAAUUGAAUUUUAUAAGUAUUUUCAUCCCAUUAUGAGUCUAGUAAGAUCUCAUAAGUGACAAGUAUUUAUUGUAUCUUAGAAAGUAGUAAAUUAAUAGAAUAGUGUUAGUAACUUAUACUGAACUUCACGGUUUCUUCUUUGGUGUCCUAAUUUGUGUUUUGAUCAGUCAUUCCGUCCUGAUGUUCAUUAAACAAGUUUUAUGAAUCAAUGAAUUAGGAUUCCAAUUUACUUCUGUGUUUAUAACAUCUGCUACAUGACAGAAAAAAACAUGGGCUGAUUGUUGUGAUUUUUUGGAGGAUUUGAUUUUGGGUUUUUCUUUUUAACAUUAAUGAUGUAUAUAUACAAACUUUAGCUAUUAAGCUAUGUUGUCAGAAUGUUUCAGACAGAAGUCAUGUCAUGUAUAUAUAUCUAUAAGUAUUUUCUUAAAUAUGUAUCACGAACAGAUUAUUUUGUGAACUACAUUUAUGUUAAUAAUACUGUAAGCACCUUUUGUGAUAUACAUGUAAACAGAUACUGUUAUUUUACAAUAUCAGACUAUACUGAUGGAACAAAAAAGGAACAUGCACGGAUGCAGGAUUUCUAAAGGGGGGAGGGGGGGGUUCAAAUGUGAUGACUCGUCUCCUUUUACACAGCGCGCCUCUUACAGCUGAACACAUGCUCGAAUUUACAAAAGGGGCAGUCUGACCCCUGGACCCCCCCCCCCCCCCCCUCCCCUGGAUCCGCUACAGAGGAACACAUGGUAUUUGAGACCAACUUUAAUUUACUACUAAAGUAGUUAAGCCGGUAUAAAAUAGAGAGAUGCAAUGUGAGACUGAAUAUCAGUCUUGUGGACUGACUGCCAGUAACACAGUUAAAUUAACUUCCCGUUACACGUACUGUGGAUGAGGGUUUUGGAUACAGUCAAAAUAUUUUGUUGCGGUACUAUUUAUGUUUUCCUUUUUUUCUUUCCAUCAGUAUAGUUCACACAAGGCAGUGGACUGCAUGAUAGUAUUUAAUGAUAUAUUUGAUGAUGAAAUUAUAUGUACAACCAUACUGCAAUUUGUAUGUGGGUUUGUUGGGUUUUUUACAACUUUUUCAUUAUACAUGUAUGUGAAUGUUAAAUGUUACUUUUUUGACAUGUGUUGAAUAUGUUUAUUCUCACAGGUUUGAGACUGCAGUCAAAUUUGCUUUCAAUUAGUACAUGUAGCACUAUGCACAAUAAAUUAAUUAUGCAUAACAUAUGACAUUCCAUUGUAUAUGUAGCUUUAUGUGUUUUAUGGUUGUUCAUUAUUAUUUUAUGAUAAGCUUUCUUAAAAAAAUACAGUAGAAUGUUGUUGGGUCGAACUCGUAAGGGUCGAAUAUGCCAUAACGUUCAAACCAAAAACGAAGUCCCCAGUUACACUUACACAAUGUUGACCGACUGGUUGGGUCAAACUACCCAAUGGGUCAAACACUUUCUCAAGCACCAUUGUAGUUCAAACCAAUGGGAUUCAACUGUAUAUUGCACACUUCAUAAAAAAUACCAGUAUCCUUAGAAGAAAUCCAAACUGAAUGAUGGGUAAAUUGGCAAAAUAAUUAUGUUUAAAGUGCAAGAAAAUUUCAAAUUAAAGACUUCUUUUUAUGUUUGCAUGAUGCAUGUGUUUGCCAGUUUACAUGCUGUAUUCAUUUAUAAAUGUAGUGGAUGGUUCCUUGAUCAUAAGCACCAGCAUUAUGCUUUUAGAUUUAGAUUAGCAAUUCCUGCUCUAAUAUUUAUUGGUUGUUCCUUGUAAACUUUAAAAGAAUGUGAAAUACCAUGUAAAUAUUUGUCUAAAUAUAUAUUGUUAUAAAUUUUUGUUGGAUUCAAAAUACAGUGAAACCUCUUAAAACCAGACCGUCUGUAAACCAGAAUUCUCUCAAAAACAGACGUUUGUUACGGUCCCUUUUUAAAUAUCUGUGCAGAAGAGAACCUCUCAAAACUGGAUACCUCUUAAAACCGGACUAUUUAUUUGUUCCCGAGGUUGUCCAGUUUAGAGACGUUUCACUGUUGAACAAUUUAACAAAAAAAGAUGUGAUGUACUUGUAGGGGCAAAACUAGGUAUUGCAGAUAUUCUGUCCUAUCCCUGUUAAUAUCACCAGACAAUGACAUAAUAUGUCUAUGUAGCUAGUUGUUUGUGUUUUUCUCCAAGUCACAGCUUGAAAAAAAUGUUUUAAUUCAAAGUCACAAAGACGAUAAAUUUUAAUAACAGCAUGAGUAACAUGUUUUAAACUGGUAUCAUUACAAGUUUGUUUAUUAACAGAUGAUGUUAUGUAGUAUUUAUUACCCAAACCAACUAAACAUAAAUACUUACAAACAAACAUCCAAUAAUAUUGAUCAAAUAACAUCCUACUAACAGGUUAAGUGGUUGGGAGCAGGGUAUUAAAAAAACUUUACACAAUUUUAUAGAGGGGUGAGUGCUCUUAGCAUUGCAAAUAUUAAUUGUGCAAACAGGAGUAUACAAAAUGCCAAAUUUUGCAUAGAGGUAUCAUUAAACAAAACAAACUUUAACUUUAUAUUAUUGUUGGACAGCCCUUGUCAAAAUAGAAUAAACUAGGAACAGAGAAAAACAAUUCAAGACUGCUUGGUAGCACAAUAAAGGACUGGUCAUAAUAUAAAUAAGUGACCACUGAAAUCGAAAUUUUAAAAUGAAUGCACACAGCAGUUUAAACUGUUUUCCUGAAACAAAAAUGUUUUAGUGAAUCAAACCAAGCUGGAUUUAAAAAAUAAAAUUUUAAAAAACAAAACAUUUUUGUUUCAGGCAAACAUAUUUUCCCCUGUAUUUGGCUUUAGAGCAGUGAUUACCUGAUGUGCUUAAUUACUGCCAAUACCCAUUUAUUAACCAAGUAUUUCCAGACCAGAUUGAUGCCCCACAUUAUUAGUGUGACUGAGCCAUCCUCAUGAUUUUCACAAGCACAUCCAUUAUGUCAAGUAUGGAUCCACCAUCCUUGCAAAAUUUUAAAAUAUCCAUGGGAAGACACACAAAUGACUCCCUCUCUGUAGUAUGUCACCUUUUUAUAAGUAUCUUGUUUUUUUAUGUUUCACUCUCCAACUGGACUAUAUAGAGAAUAAUACAUGAGUGGCCAUUCGAUACAAUUUAUCUCACGACGAGUUCUUUUAAAAUGUAUCUAAUGAAUGAAAGCGAGUUUGAUACAUUUUUAAACAACGAGUUUAAGAAAAUGUUUUAAUUAUUGUAUGCAAGAUAGAUAUACAUGUGACAUAUGAUAUCCUAACCCAUCACGUUACAGCAUUUAUGAUUUCAUUUUUUUUGCAAAUAGUUCUUUAGAACUGAUGAACUGAAGAGAAAUAAACUUGAAUCUCCAUUUUCUUUUAACAAUUUCUUUAAAGUUGAAAUUAUAGUUUUCAAGUAUUGAAACCAAAAGUUGUAACUGAUUAUGAUUCCAUAGCCUAGGUAAUUUGCACUGGUCUGAUUUGGAUCUAAUUUGCGAAGUAUAUGAUCAGACAAAUAUCACAUACAUGUACCCAGUAGUGUUAUUUUAUGGGUAAGUUAGCUACCAUGAUAAAUUUAAACAUUAGAUUAAUUAUAACAGUAAUAACCUUGCAUUUAUUGUAGUAUAAUUUUGGAAAAAAGGAUACUUAAUUGUUUUGUAAAAGCUUAAUAUUUUUGUCGACAGCUAUAGUAUUGUCUUUACUUUUUAAUAUUAAAUAUUUUCUUGUA